AGUCAGAAUAUGCCGUUCUAUUAAUUAGGAUAGAAAAACUAAAGAUUUCCUGUUAAAAAAAUGUCACAAAAUCAAUCUAGAACGGCAGCAAUGGGAACUUCUGCUAAAGAUUCGACAGCUAUUUCUCCCCGAGAAAAUUUCUCGUUACCAUCCAUUCAACAAAUAACAGCUGAGGCUCACAAUGUUCAACAAAAAAGAGACAUCCCAAAGGAGGAGCUAAAAGGAUCUAAAUCAACAAACAUUCAACCAACACCUGCCGCUGAGACGUGUCAAGAAAGAGACGGCACUGCCAUCACCCAAGAUGACAAUGAAAGACUUCGACAACAGCAUGCAGUUGAAGGACAUUUGGAUAAUGGCUCUUCAUCUUGUAAAAUUCCGUUAUUACAAAAAUACCUUAAAACAGGCAACCUGCUAUCUGCUAUAACGUUACCAUGCUUAAAAAUUCGCAUGGAAGAUAGUUCCAUAUUUUGUGAAACCUGUAGUUCCAUUUUGCCAUUUGAGGAUUCUUCUCGAUUGAGGAAUCAUAUUUCUGCUCAUAUUCAUAAUUUGAGCAGAAGUACGACUUCAUGUUAUCAUAAUAUGAAAAAUGAAAUUUCAUCAACUACUGAAUGCAUUUUAAUUGAGCGGGUAUUUAAGAAUUUAGCAAAUAUGAUGAAAGCAAAAGUGAAUGUUGAAACUGAAAAUAAGAAUAAUUUGUUUAAAGAACGCCGUAAUCACAGGAAAGGUUGCUAUCAGUGUGGAAAUUGCAAUUUUGGUUCUUCGAAGCUAUCCGAUUUUGAGGAGCACUUCUCCGAAAGGCAUAAAGAAGAAAAGGCAAUCUGCUUUUAUUGUGUAGAGGAGCUUAUGGAUCUUCAAUCUCUUUCAAGUCAUAUCGUAAAAAGUCAUCUACGGGAAGGGCAAGAAGGAAUAUGGAGAUGUAGUAUAAGAAGGUGUAAUUAUUUUGCAAAUAAGAGAGAGGAUUUACUAUGUCAUUUUGAGCGCUUUCACAAAUUCUCGUAUAAAAUUACUUGUUAUAAUUGCUUAAAAGAUUAUGGAGAUUUUAAAUCUAUUCUUGAUCAUUAUGACCGGAAACUAAGAUAUAAGUGCACAUCUUGCUAUUUAAAAUUAAAAGAUAAAAAUGAGCUAAUAUCUCAUUUUGAAAAUAUACAUAAAGGUGGUUCAAAAUAUUACAUGUCAAGCUAUCUCUCCUGUAUAAGCUUGUUUGAAGAUUCGGAGAGAGAAUUAAAAAAUGAUGAAAAAAUACAAUGUUCAAUGGAAACAAGUUCAGUUUCAACUGAAAAAUCUAAAACAAAAGAAAAUAUAUCCAUACCAAAAGAGGAUGAUUCACACCAAAAGAAAACAUUGAACGAAACAGAUUCGGCGCAACCUACAACAUCAAGCGAAAUGGCCCCUGAGUCGAUAAUUAUCAAUAAAUGUGGAUAUUGCAACUACAGGGCUAGAAAUGAAAAUGAUUUGAAAAUCCUACACAGUCAUGUACUUAGAAGUCAUAUACUUAAGCCAAUUUAUUGUCAUGUAACGAGAUGUGUUUACUCUUCUGUAGACUAUAACAGUCUUACCGAGCAUAUCCGAUUCAAUCACGAUACGUCUAAUUUAAAAAUAUCCAGUAUUAGGAAUCUAUAUAUCGCAUCAAAAGUAACGGUAGUUAAUAAUUGCACCACAAGAGAGUUUAUUAUUAAUGAAAAACGCCUUUCACCAUCAAAAAGUGAAAUAACUGAUUCCGUCCCGAAUAUUCAACCAAAAAAGAAAAAUGUUGCUUCAGAACAGUCUAGUCCUAUUAGUUUAUCAUUAUAUGAAGAAACUCCUUUUCAGCAAGUAAAGAAACGAAAACUUUCUUUUCCACAGAGUAGAACUAGCAAUGACUUGGGAAUUGAAACUAAAAAGAAAUCAGGUUACCUGUGUUGUUUCUGUCUUGAUUAUUUUCCUCUUGGAGAUAUGAAAUCUCACAUAUCUCAGCAUUUCAAGUAUAGGAAGUAUGCUUGUAAAGUGUGUAACUGUUUAUUUUAUAGUUCUCGCUCCAAGUCAUAUUCUAAGCAUGCUGAAGAACACGAUUUAGAUCCUAAGGAUUGUUAUGAAAUUAGAACGAACAAAGAUGUCGAACGGGAGAUAAAACUUAUCGCUGACAAAAUUAAAUUAAGAGAACAUGUUAGUAAAGAAAAACAUCAUUGCACUGCUUGUGGUAUUUUAUUACCAAGUGAAGAAGACGACAUUAAUUAUCACAUAAAUACAUUCCACAAAUCAGGAAUAAAAAUAGAUUUACAUCAAGUAUCCUCUAUGACAAACUUUCAUAAAAUUUUACUUUCGAAGGAUGCAAAGAAAUAUAAAUUGGGCAGAGUGUCCUGUAGAGAAUUGUUUGUUUAAGUCAGCAUGCGAAUAUUUUUAAUUGUUCUUUGAUAAUGAAGUAAUCGUCUAAAAAUCAUUUUUUCUUUUGUGAAACCUUUUGAUUAAUAUAAAAAAUUUUACCAAGAAAUAACAUCCUUAAUUGUUGGCGAUCGAAUCACAGAGCUUUUACAAAUCUUGAUAAGAAUGUUUUAACUGUAGUGAUUAUAAAAUAUUAACGUACUGGUGAUACAGAAUUGUGACGAAAGAACAUGCUCAUUCUUUGCUCUAUUCGAUGCUCAAUUAGAAUCAAAUCAUUCCACUUCCAUCAAGCAACAUUUGUGCUUUUUCAUCAGAAACAAUAAUUAUUUGAUCGAUUUUUUCAAUUCGAGUUUUUCCAGUUUCGCAAUUAGCCAUACUAGAAAGUCUUUCGUUAUACAUAUCUCUUUGUUUUCUCAUUUGAUUUUCAACUUUAAUUAGCUCGUCGCGAACAAACUUUAAGUGUUUCUUAGUGAUUGAAUGGGCUAAUUUCUCAUUUUGAAGAAUUUUUUUUUUCUCCUGCUUAAAACGAAAUAAUAAUCUCUUUGAAAUUAAUAAACAAAUAGCCUCUUUUAACAUCACCUCAGUAUUAUCAAGACAAUUUAACUUUUCCUUUAUAUCUUCGAUUUCUUUAGUUGCCACUUUAUAUUGAUUUCUAUUGGAAGAAAUAAAUGGAAAUAGAUUGAUAAAGCUAAUUACAAUAAUGUCGAUAAUACAAUAUUAUUGAAGACUACAAACUUAAGAAACGUUAAUGUUUCUUCAACAACAAAAGGAUUUGGGAAAUUAUCCAAUUUUUUAACCUGAUUAUUUAGCUAUUAAAAUAGUAAUUGCUUAAUUUGUAUAAAUCAAUAUUUAAAUAUUUUAUACAUCUUCUAUCGUAUUCCUAUUGUUGGUUGAUUCCAAUCUUCUCUCUUCCAGUUUAUCCAAAAGUUUCUCGUUAUCAUUUCUCAGCUUUUGCAAUUCAUUGGAAGUAGUUAACCUACAACGAAAUAUCUAUUAAAACAACUAUUCCAAUUAACUGGCGUUCUUUAAGAUUGGUUAAUUAUGUUUACUUCAGAGAAUCGAUAUUGGAAGCCUCUCGUUCAUUUCUCAAAUUUAAUUCUAUCUUUAUCCUUUCAAGUUCUUGUUGUAAAUUUUGCAUUUGAUUUUGUAGAAAUUGAGGACAAGAACUACAAUGAGUACAAGCCAUGAACGACUCGAAGUAGUUUUCUUAGGGCAUAUACCUUUUUUCAAAAUUUUUUAAUGAGUCCUGUAUAAGAUUUCAUAAUCAAUAUUUCAAGUUUUGUUAUAUUUUCUAUGUUGAGUUAAGCGUUAAACCUACCCGUAUACACCACUUUCUUCUAUAUUAGCAUUAUUUAAAUAUCUAUAACUGUUUUCUUAUUCUAAGGUUAUCUUGCUCUUUUAUAUAAUCGAUUACAAAGUAAAAUAAUAUGUCAAGCGUAAACAGGUUAUAAAAGGGGAAUACAAUUUAGCAGUUAUACCAAGUAUCAUAAAUUUAUAUAUACACAUCUAAUCAGAAUUUGUAAGAAAAAGAGAAAAAGGGAAAUCCAACCUACCCUCUAACACAUUUAAAUUGGUGGUGUGGGAAUAAUACUGAAAAUUUGGCCUAUUUCUUUAUAUUUAUUAUUAUUAGAAUUUUUUUUUUUGAUAUAAAAUUGCCCAUUUCUCAAAGAUUUUAAUAUC